AUGGCGAUUGAAACGGUUACCAUCAUCAACAACUCGGGGAAGAUUAUCACAAAUGGAAAACAUAUUUUUGGUCUGUUCAAGGAAGCCAAGGCCUCAUAUGACGAGAAGAAGGCCGCAGUCAAGGCGGAACGGGCCGUCAGGCGCAGUAACACAUUCGAUGUGGCCAACACGCCGCAGUACUACGAUGAAGUCGAGUACGUGACGGGCCAUGGCCGUCGGGCCUCGUUUGACGAUACGACCUCCCAUGCCUCGUCCCGUCGCAGCCACAGGUCGCGGCACUCGAGAACAACGACGGCCAAGAAUGGUCCCCAAGCCAAGUCGCGGCCGCCGUUGACGGUCAGCAACCUGCGCACCAUGUCCGAAUUCUCGUCCUCCGCCCCGUCCCGAGCCCUCCGUCGCACUCUCACAAGAGUUCCAUCAGUACGCCAAUACGACGAGAGGAUAGCGACGGAGAUGGCCGUCCAACGCCCCCCAAACAUGUACGCCCAGUGCGCGACUUCGGACCCCUCCCUCCCUAAAAAGAAGGAAAAAGAAAUCGACAUGAACCUAGCCUAUGGCGAGAUUCCCCCCGACCUCGAGUCACGCGUCGACCUCGACCCAGCCUACAAAGCCGCCGAGAAGGAGCGGUCGGCGCACACGCUCAUGGAGCAGAUCGAGGCACUGCUCACCGAGGCCCACUGUAUACACCACACCGCGAACCACAUGAUCACGCAUCUGCAGUCCAACCCCGAAGCCGCCGCCGCCGUGGCGCUUGCGCUCGCGGAGCUGUCGACGCUGCUGGGAAAGAUGAGCCCGGCCUUCCUGGGGUCCGUCAAGGCCGGCAGCCCUGCUGUCUUUGCGUUGCUCGCUAGCCCGCAGUUCCUCAUUGCUGCGGGCGUCAUGACGGGCGUCACGGUCGUCAUGUUUGGCGGGUGGAAGAUCAUCAAGCGCAUCAAGGAAGUGCAGGACAUGCGCGAGGCGCGGAUUGCGCUCCCGGCUGCUUCGAUACCGAUGGCGAUCGAGGAGGCACAGCAGAGAAACUAUGUACAGUCCGAGUACCGCUCCGAGUACCGCUCCGACUUCGAUGAGGCGCUCGUGCUCGAGGAGGAAGAGGACGAGUUUGAGUUCGAGGAGGAGCUGAGCUCUAUUGAGACGUGGCGGAGGGGGAUUGCGCCGUUUGGAGAGGACGAGAGCGCGGAUAUGGAGCUCAUCAGCCCCGAGGCGGAUCGUGCCAUCAGGAGCCAGUACGGCGGGGAUGAUGCCCGGACGGAGAGGAGCGUGAGGACACAUCGGAGCUCCAAGACGGCCAAGUCAAGCAAGACGGUGAAGCCGCACAAAUCCUCUUCCAACGAGGCGGGGAGUCAGAGGAGUUAUAGCACGAGUCGUACUGCCACUACCCACUCCGUGACUCCCAGUGAGUCAGGGACGGUGAGGACGAGCAAGACCGGCAUGACGAGUAGGAGCAAGAGGACCUUGGCCAUUGAGGACGGAAGUCGCGACCGCGAGAAGGCGGCGGAGUUCGCCGAGGUGGUCACUAGGGUCAAGCCACCCGUUAAGCCGAAGAAGGACAGCAUGCUUAAGAAGUUGUUCCAGAAGAAGAAGGAGAGGGAGGAGGUAUUACAGGUUGCUUAG